AUGGCAACAGAGAUCUUCAAAACUCAUGACCUCGUUUUUUCCGGUAGGCCAGUCUUGUAUGUUGCAAAGAAGCUUAGCUAUGGCUGUGUCAACCUAUCAUUUGCUCCCUAUGGUGAGUAUUGGAGGGAGAUGAGGAGGAUUGUGAUCUUGGAACUGCUUAGUGCAAAGAGGGUUCAAAUGUUUCAGUCUGUGAGGGAUGAAGAGGUGGGGCUUAUGCUUGACUCUAUAGCUCAUUCUAAGGGUCUCAUCAAUCUCACUCAACUGACACUUUUCUUAGCAAGCAAUGUCUUGUGCCGUUCGGCUUUUGGUAAAAAGUAUGAUGAUGGAGGAGGAAUUGGCAAGAGCAGAAUUCAUGGAUUGCUUGAAGAGGCAAGGGCCCUGUUGGGAGGAUUCUUCUUGUCAGAUUUUCUACCAUGGUUGAGUUGGUUAAACAAGUUCAAUGGUCUUGAGAAAAAGGUGGAGAAGUGUUUUAAAGGCUUGGACAAUUUCUAUGACAGAGUGAUUGAGGAACACCUUGAUCCUAGAAGGCCUAAACCAGAGCAUGAAGAUCUUGUCGAUGUUCUGCUUCGGGUUCAGAGGGAUCCCAGUCAAGCAGUACCCCUCAGUAAUGACCAAAUUAAGGGUGUUCUCACUGACAUGUUUAUUGCAGGCACUGAUACUUCCUCAGCCACACUGGUGUGGACAAUGGCUGAACUGAUUAGGAACCCCCUAGUGUUGAGGAAAGCACAAGAUGAGGUGAGAGGAGUUUUAAAGGGAAAAGCAAAAGUGGAAGAAAGUGAUCUUUCUGAACUCAUGUACCUAAAGCUGGUCUUGAAGGAAAGUUUUAGACUACAUCCAGCAGCGCCCUUACUGCUUCCAAGAGAAACCUUAAAGAGUUGCACGAUUGAAGGGUACAAAAUUCCCACCACAACAAUGGUGUUUAUCCAUGCAAAAAUGAUAGGAAAAGACCCAGAAUGUUGGGAGAAUCCAAAUGAGUUCUGGCCUGAAAGAUUCUUGGACAGCUCAAUUGACUACAAAGGAAACCAUUUUGAACUUUUACCAUUUGGGGCAGGAAGGAGGGGUUGUCCUGGUAUUAGCUUUAGUGUGAAGCUAAUUGAGCUUGCACUUGCUAAUCUCCUCUAUCGUUUCGACUGGGAACUCCCUCAUGGGGUGAGAAGAGAAGACUUGGACAUGGAAGAUGCUGCUGGGCUUGUAGUUAGCAAGAAAGUUCCUUUAUUUCUAGCUGCUAAACCAGCGCAUCCUUCCUUGACAAACUAUGUUGCACAAUAA